AUGGAUAAGGACUUUAAAUCAGGUACUGUUGUGUGGGCUAAAAUGAAAGGAUUUCCACCAUGGCCAGCAAUGAUAAUGCAAUCAUCAGAGAAAAUGGAAGGUAUACCCGCUGGUCGUUAUUCAGUGCUGUUUUACGGUACGCAUGAAACAGCGAUAAUGAAGAAGAGUGAUUUGUUUGACUACCAUGCUUAUCGUAAUGAAUAUGAAGUGCAGCGGAAAAUUAGGGGUUUCGCUGAAGCUCUGAAAGAAGCACGCGAAGCUGCUGGUUGUGUAGAACCUAGUUUUACAACACCAAAAACAUUAGAAGUAUGUUUAUCAGCUGUCGUCGAGAAAUCUCCGGAGUCGUCGAACUCUUUAUCAGACGCUAAAGUUAGUGUAAGUAGAUGUCGAAGGAAAUCGAAUCGAUCCGAUACCAGUGAGAGCUUGUUGGAAAAUCUUUUAUCAAGUCCAACCACAUCUUCACCUCUUCCAACCAAAAUGCGGACACCAUCUCUUUCACCAAUCAAGGAUAACACUGAAAUAAGAAGUGAACGGAGGCGUCUGGGAAGUUUCACGUCUAUUUCAAGUCGUAACAAAACGAAUUCGUUUUCCCAGUCAUUUGAUAUAGAGCUGAGCGAAGAUCCUAUGUUACCGGUUUUAAGUGAUGGCAGUUGUAAUUUUCUACUCGAUGGGAUUGGUACAGACAUCGAUGAAAUUUCGAGGCUAUCAAUGAAAAGUGGCGUCAAGUGUUCCAAAUCUGUUGUUGGAGAUUAUUUGUCAUCUGGGAGGCUACGUGAACGCUUCAAUAGCUCAUCUUCAGGGCGCACAAGAUUAUGUUCGGGUAUGUCAGAUGGUUUCGAUGAUUUAUUCGGAUCAUCACCACUCUUCAGUCCUACAGAUCCAUUAUCAUCGUUGUCGUUUAACGAUAUUUUGGGCGCAUCUGAUGAUCAUCCAUUAGCAGGUUUUGAUGAACAAAAUUUCGAAUUUCAUCAACAAAAUUCUGUCCAAAAAAAUUGUUCGAGUUGUGGUUACCAUUGCGUUCUAUAUGGUCUGAAAUGGAGAUGUGGAAACACGAAUUGUCUGAAAUGGAACGAAAUUCAUGAACCAUCAAUUUCUGAAUUAAAUAACCAAUUGUCAUGUUUUGUGAAAGAAAAUCCUGACGAUGUUAAAACCGAUCUUGUAACAUUAAAUGUUUCCCCAAGUGCUAAGCUACAUGAUAGCACUUUAGACAGCGUUCAUGACCCGAUCAUUUCAAAUAUCAUACCUGAUUGCUUAUCGCCAGAUUCAUUCUCAAGUAUUUUUGCUCAAACAUCGUUGCCAACUAUAACAAAAGUUGAAAACGAUCGCAAUCAACUUCAAGGAUAUUUCCAAUGUACUGCGCAGAAAAGUGUAUUUCCAGCUUCAGUACAAUCUUCACUUUUAUCCCAGAGUCAGAAUGAAUCAAUUCCAAAUGGCCAUGAUAUUCCUUUCAAAAGAACCGGGAAUGGACGUCCGAAAUUUUACAAAGUAGAGAAAACACCUUUGGUGGCUGAAGAUGGCUGUAGGCACUGUUUUCACUGUAAUGGACAAGUACGGCCACAGAUGUGCGGGGGUAAUAGACACAGAUGGCGUUGUGUCGAUAAGAAGUGUCGAAAGUGGUAUGGUUGGGUAAGGAGUCAUGAAGAGAUACCUAAGGAUUUGGGCAAGAAAGGGAGAUGGAAAGACCUUAUCAAAAUUCGAAGAAAGUCACCAUCAGUUAGCGAAAAUGAGGGUGAACAGAGUGAAGCAAUUAGAAAGACUGCGAGGAAAAACGCAAGGCAGUCAGGUAAUCGAGCUCUAUCUUCGGGAGCUAUGCAGCUCAGGAGUUGUAUGGAACGGCGGGUACGGUGGUGGACAAAUGAAAAAAGAGAAAGUGGACUGUCUCCAGAGAGGGAUUUCCCAAGUGAUCCGCUGGAUGCAGCCGCCGUGUGCAUUACAGUAUCGAAAUCAAUGACAUCAGCCGCUAGUACUCGAACCGAUGAACCGGGUACAGUGGAUGGAUCGUUGGAUUUAUUAAUGGAUACACUGUUCAGCUUAUUGGCACCACUCGUAGCACUAACAAAACAGGUACCCAGCGUUUUGGACCAAGAGACAGAAAAGAAACUUUGGGAAGCAUGUGCUAUGCAUACGCCAAGAUUUGCAUAG